AUUUCAGGCACCUCCGAUGGUUAUUGGACAAUCUUGGAGACAGUGCCCUAUUCGCUGCAGAAUACCGCCACCAACGCGACCGGCACUAUUUCCAGUGUGGCCAAUACCCAGUUGCCGGUGCAUCAGCACCAAGCGCUGCACCACCAACAGGACGAGGGCAACUCCAGCGAGGCCAAUCUGCUGGCCGGUGCCACAGUUGUGGUCGAAAUACCUACAGAAACGAUGCGCAACGCUAUUAAGUACACCAUACCGGAGGCGGAACAUCAACUGUUACACACCACGGAGAGCACGCUGGCCACUGCAGGCACCAACCAACGCAUACACAUCGUAAAAGAUAUGCGUUUAAAUCCCACUGUGACGGUGGCACAACAAACCAAUAUCACGGCAACGCACGUGGAACAGUCCAAUCGUCAGCAGAGCACACAACAACACUUCACUUUGAAUGAUUGCCUCAGCACGGGUGUGGUGGUGCAGCAACACCACCAUCCACAGCGCCAACAGACGACGCAGCAGCAGCAGACGGAAUUCAUAAAAAUCGACACGAUCCAAGAGAAGAUGAUGUUGCGCAAUGUUAUACAAUAUGAGGCGGUAGAUGGCUUGCCGGCAGACACAUCGCAGGUUAUCAGUGCAUUGGUGGAAAGUGAGAAGCAGCAGCAGCAACAGCGUCAACAGCAGCACCAGCAACAACAACAGCAGCAGCAGGAUGUGUUGCGCAACACGCGUGAGCUUGAGUUGCUGGACAAGGCGGUCAGCGACACGGUGCUCAAUGCCUUCGAGCAACAGGAGGCGGAACACAUCGAGGAGCAUAAAUCGCAAAAUAAUGAGGCACAGGACAAGCACCUGCUGCCGCUCAUGCAUUGCCCCACGAAGAUACUGACGCCCGCCGCAAACGAAGUUCAGCUACAAUAUGUUUGCAAUUUGUGCGGCAAGUCGUACAAAAUUAAGGGCUCCUUGAAGCGUCACAAACGCUACGAGUGCGGUGUAGCACCCACGGUCGCGUGUCAAUUCUGCCCACACAAAUGCAAAUACAAAUCGGAUCUGCGUAAGCAUGUCUCACAGAAGCAUGCGGGGCAAAGUGGCGAAGAAAUGCUGAUGGACCAGCGUUUAAGCACCGAAUAAAGUAUUUAAAUUAUUUUGAAACAAUAACUUUUGAAGUAGCACAAUCUUAUUGAAUUAAUUCAAAUUAAGUAAUUUUUAGGAGGAGAGCUGAAGCUUAAAUAUUUAUUUAUUUGGUGUUAAAAUGCCACCUUGAAGAAUCUGACUUUUCUCUUUUUAUCGAUAAAAAUUUUAAAGUUUUCUGUUAUUAUUUUUAUAAUUAAUUAUUUAUAGAUGUGUAUACAUUUUUUAAUAUUUUAAUUGUUUUCAACUUGGUAUAGAAUGCUACAUGGAAAAAACUGACAAGUUUUAUUUUUCUUUGUUAGUUUAUUUAUUUGUUGAUUACUUUAAAUUUAAGUGUUAAUAUUUAUAUAUAUUUAAUUUUAAAAUAUUUUUAUGAUAUAUAAACACAUAUAUAUGAACAUACAAGAGGCAAUUAUUAUAUUGUAUAUAUUAAAUAUUUUUCGUAUAGUUGUAAGUAUUUUUAAUAUAAGUUUUAAUUAUUUUUGUAAGUAUUUUUUUAUUUUUAAUUAUUUUAUAUAUGUUUAAAGUAUUGUUUACUUUUUCAUUAUUUUACUAACAGUUUAAUUUUUUUUUCUUUAUAUAUAGAAUUUUUAGAAAAAUUGUGUAUAUACUGUUGUUUCUUCAUGUUUAUAUGAAUUUUUUAAAUUUGUUAAAUUCUAUAUACUUUUUUUAAUAUUUUUAAAACUGUUUAAUUAUUUUGUUAUUGAUGUUCGUUAUUUUUUUAAAGAAUGUUUACUCUUUUCACUUAUUUUCUUUAUAUUUAAAAUUUUCUUUUUUUACAAUUUCUACUUAGCUUUUUGAAACUUGCCAACAUGAAACUAUGAGACUCAUAUAAUGCAUUAUACCUAUUUUGUUUCUAUGCUUUUCUGAUCAUCUAAUAUAAAAACAAAGCGAUAAUGGUGUAUAUUGUCAAAAAAUUUGCCACAAUUUUGAAGCUCACUUGACUUUUCAACACGAAGAUUUCCAAUUUAUACCAAUUUUUGGUAUAAUAGACUUCUUUUGGUUAAAUGAAGCUUCCUUGUCCAGCUCGAGCUUAAAUUUUCAACAUUUUAAUAUAAAUUUUUUUUUUAAUUUUCGAGUUAAUUAAGUUAAGCUUUUGAGUUUUUUUUGUUUCAAAUUGAAAUUGUUUAAUUUUGUAAUUUUUUAUUGUAAGUCAAUGAAACUUUUCAUAAUAUAAUAUAUAUUAAAUUGAACUAUGUAUAAUGUAAUUAAUGAACAAAUUUAAAAAAAGAAAGGAAAAGAACUUUUAUUAUAAAAAAUUUAUUUUACAAUUUUUAUUACAUAUUAUUAAGUGCAAUUUUUAUUAAAAGUCCUUGAAAAUACUUAAUUUUAAUUUUGAACCUAUUUUGACUGUAUUUCAAAAUACAAAAAUAUAUAUAUUUUUUUAAUUUUUAACUGUAAUUUUUUAUUGUUAGUCAAUUAAAAUUUUAAUUAAUUUAAUUUAAUUUUUCUUCACCAUUUUAACAUGGAAUUUAUAAGCAGUAUUUUUUUUAUUUUAUGUUUUUUUCGUAUAAAUUAUUAACUUUUUUAUACUGUGCUAUUAUUAUUAUUUGUCUAUUUAUUUUGAUUAAUUUUAUUUUGUUUUAAAUUUAUUUAAAAUUUAAUUAUUUUUUAUUACGUUUUUCAAAUGUAAAUUAUAUUUAAAAUAAUAAUUAAAAGCGUUUUACUGCAUUUUAUUAUAUUUUUUACAUUCUCGAUCCAUAAAUUACUUAUAUUCCUCCGCUGUCGCUCGAAAUCUUUGUUUGUAUACACCAGUGACUAUUCUAUCUAUUGUAAAUACUAAUGUAAUAUACUAUAUAUUAUUGAUUACUAUUUAAGAAUCUGUGUAAUAUGUAGACUGAAGAAAACAUAUAUUUUAAAACAAACAUGUUAAGUAAUCCAAGUAAUCUAAGUAAUCUUAACAAGCCAAAAAAACUUAAAAUUAAUUUAAAAAGAAAAAUUGUAAGCAUCACAUUUUACAUAAACUUACUGAUGUGUGUGUAUUGAACGUAAGCUUAAAGUUAAGCAGUUACAACUCGACAACAACAAUAAGGAAUGAAAAUUUUAAUGUAAAUAAAACAAAAUUUGUUGUGAAAAUGUAGAAAUUGCAAUAUAAAUAUAAUAUAAUUUACGAUAUAUGUAUGUAUGUGUAUUUAUAAGUAAACGAAAUUCAUCAACAAAUUUUGCGCUAUUUAUUUGUCAACUAGUUUUGGUUUAAAACUUAGUUAAUAUUCUCAGCUAUUGUGUUGUAAGGCUUCAAAAGGCGGCGUGUCAUGCAUUUAUUUAAUUAUAUUUAUUGAUUGAAGGGUAAACAGGCAUAUUUUCUUUUACGAAUAUAUAAAAAAAAAAAAUUAGUGUUAUUAGACGAGUGUGAUGUUCAAGCAGUUAUUAAAAUAAAAAAAUUAAAAUAAAACCUAAACACAUAUGUAUGUAUGUAAAAGCAAGCUUUCUAUUCAAUGAGCAGUAAAUAAUGGGUGUGGAACGUAAAUAAUGUAAAUAUGUAUGUGAAAUUGUCUUUUUGAAAUGUGUAAUAACAAUUUAUGAACGCUAAUCUAAUAUUUGUCUCUCUU